AUGGCGCGAACAAAGCAGACAUCACGAGGGAGACACAGCUUAGGUGGGAAGUCAGCACCCGGUCGAGGCAAAGGCGGAAAAGCACCUAGAAGUAGCGGCGUAGGCUUCAGCCCAGGACGGAAGAAACCACGCUAUAAGCCUGGAACAGUGGCGCUGCGGGAGAUUCGACGAUAUCAGAAGUCGACUGAGUUGUUGAUGGCGAAGCUGCCUUUUGCGCGACUGGUUCGUGAGGUCGGUCUUAACGUGACACCCAUGACAUCGGAAGUGAUGAGGUGGCAGUCGCAAGCCAUUCAAGCGCUGCAGGAGGCGUCAGAAGCGUUUCUGGUGCAUCUGUUCGAAGAUACGAAUCUGUGCGCGAUACAUGCGAAGAGAGUCACGAUUAUGCAGAAGGAUAUCCAGUUGGCCAGACGGAUACGUGGGGCUUGGGGUGGUCUGGGCGAUGGUGUCUGGCGCGUUUAUUGGCAUGGCGGCUACGUCGUCUACGAUGAGCCUGAUGUUGGACGGGUUAUUGUGGAGACUUUGGGCGGUAAGACAUGUAUGUCAACUGAAGAUGCUCGCAUUAGUCGAGCUUGUCUUGGCCAAGACUUGUUCAGUACCAACUUCAUCUCCUCAUUCCUGCUGUGCCGCAAAUACAUACUCGCCGGCCUUGACUUCGACCCACGUCUCCAAGCAAGUACGCAUACACCAAGACAGUGCAAACCCACAAGCGAGUCUGCCACUACGCUACAGCUUCUGGCGCCAGAUCCACGUUCCUCGAUCAUGAAGGCCGUAUCGACAUCACCAACAUUGUCGAUCCUGUUAUCCGAUAUCAUACCUCUCCCAAUCUUCUACCACAUUUUCAAGGACCAUGCAAGAAUCUAUCAUCGUUUUAUUCCAGCCCAACAGACGACGACCCUCAUCGGGCUGGCACUCUACAUCACCGGCGUGCUCGUCACUGCAUUUGUGUGGAUGGAGUAUGCAUGA